AUGAUGGCCCAGGUAGACGCUCUCAUCCACUCAUAUCUGGCAGCUCGUGGUUAUGCCUGCUUGCGUGUUGAUAUGCGGGGCACCGGCGACUCUGAGGGUGUGUUGCAUGGCGAGUAUCUGCAACAGGAGCAGGAUGAUGCAUUGGAGAUUUUAAAAUGGAUCGCCUCCCAGCGCUGGUGCACAGGUUCCGUCGGUAUGAUUGGGAACUCAUGGGGCGGCUUCAAUAGCCUUCAGGUUGCCGCGCGCCGCCCCCCUGAGCUGAAAGCCAUCAUCUCAAUGUGCUCAAGUGACGACCGCUAUGCCGAUGAUGUCCACUACAUGGGAGGCUGUCUGCUUAUCGAGAACUUUACCUGGGGCGCCGCGAUGUUUGGUAUUAUGCCCGGGCCACCUGACCCUGCUAUUGUCGGCGACAAGUGGUACGAUAUUUGGAUGCGACGGCUUGAAGCUGGUGGAAACUACCUCUCAGAAUGGCAUGAGCAUCAGCGACGCGAUGAGUUCUGGCGUUAUGCCUCAAUCUGCGAAGACUAUGGCGCCAUUCAAUGUCCCGUCUAUCUGGUCAGCGGCUGGAUGGAUGCGUAUACAAAUCCUGUCUUCCGCAUGCUCGAACAUCUCGAAAGCCCCAAGAAAGGCCUGAUCGGUCCUUGGGCCCACGCCUAUCCAAACUAUGCCAUGCCUGGGCCGCGGAUCGGAUUCCUCCAAGAGUCCAUACGCUGGUGGGAUAAAUGGCUGAAGGGCACCGAGACGGGUAUUAUGGAGGAGCCGGUUCUCCGUUCCUACAUUCAGGAUACAGUCCCCCCUCGCACCACUCACGCCUCGCGCCCCGGACGCUGGGUGGCGGAAGCCAGUGUGCCUAGUCAAGGUCUCCUACCUCAGCCUCUAGGGCUUGCUCCCGGUCGGCUUACCUCUAGCAUUGGAUCAAGCGACGAGAAGAUUUCCGUAUGUUCACCGCAGACCGUGGGCUUUGCCGCUGGACGAUGGUGCCCAUUCGGUCUCAAUGGUGACGGCCCCGGUGACCAAAGACAAGAAGUUGGCGGCUCGUUAGUAUUUGACGGUGAAGCACUCAGCCAACCCGUCGAUCUUCUCGGUGCCAUAGUCGUCAACCUACGCGUGUCAAGCAACAAGUCCAGCGCUUUCAUUGCAGCUGUGGUCUCCGAGAUCCUCCCCGAUGGCUCUGCGACACGACUAACAUACGGUGUUCUAAAUCUCACGCACCGCCACGGCCACACUGAUAUCCAACCCCUCGAGCCCGGCCGCUUUUACAACGCGACUCUAAGGCUAAAUGACUGCGGGCAGCGGAUAAGCGCUGGAAGCCGCCUGCGCCUUGCGCUGUCAACGUCCUACUUUCCUAUUAUUUGGCCAUCUCCGGAGGCAGCCACAUUGACCGUUGACCUUGCUCAUAGUAUAUUACAUCUCCCCGUACGAGCUGAAAGUCCGCUAGAUACAGAACUUCCUCCAUUUGAACCAGCCGAGAAUGGUAAACCCCUACAAACCAUCAAACUGCGAGAGGGGAGUCACAAAUCUACUAUCACCCAGGACUUGGAGACCAGCGAAGUAAGUCUUUGCAUCGACACGGAUAGCGGACUGGUGGAGUAUGAGGAUAACGGCUGGCGCUUCGGCGCAAGUGGGAAAUUCAAUUGCGGCGUACUCCCCGACGAUCCACUUUCUGCACACGUCGAGCAUCGGUUCCGGAAGGAAUAUGGCCGUGGCGAGCUCACGUUGGUAACGGAAGGGUGGAGCCGCAUGAAGGCGUCUCUGACCGAAUUUCACAUCACCUCGAGACUGGACGUGUUCAAAAAUGAAGAGCACGUGUUUGGACGGGACUACGAUUACUCGAUUCCUCGCGAUCAUGUAUAA